UGAGCCUUCUGUUGAUAAAAUGUUACAAAGAUUAUAUGAAAGGUUUGGAAUGAUUGCUUGGCUCAAAAAAAUUGUGGCACUUUUUGAAUUUGUUUAUAUAAAAAUUGGAAAAAUGCCUGAUCCUGUUUCAAUUUUAAAUUAUUGUUUGGAAGCCGUUCUAUGUGAAAAUGAACAAAGCAAAUUGCUAAACAGUUAAGGGGUUUAUUUAAUUGUAUUUGAGUAAUAAAUGGGAAAUUUUAACUUUGAGUGGAUAUAUUAUAGGUAGGGUUGAGGGCCCGGUCCGGUCAGAGAGAAAAAGACUCGGCCGGGCCG